AUGGCUCCUCAGGACAAAAAGUACCAAGUUGACGUCCCCAGUGGGGAGAGCCUCACUAGCGACGAUGCUGAGCUCAUUGCGAUGGGAUAUCAGCCCUCAUUUAAGAGAGAGUUUACGAAUAUUGCUACGAUAUCAUUCGCAUUCUCUAUCAUGGGCAUGUGCUCAUCCAUCGCAACGACUUUCAACACCCCCCUCACCCUUGGUGGACCCGCAUCGGUGGUUUGGUGUUGGAUUUUGGGAGCCACCAUGUGUUUUACACUCGGUGCCAGUAUUGCAGAGAUCGUGUCUGCUUUCCCCACUGCCGGUGGACUAUACACCGCUUCUGCUCAGCUCGUUCCUCCGAAACAACGUGCCAUCGUAGGAUGGGUUGUAGGCUGGCUCAAUAUGCUCGGUCAAGUUGCUGGUGUCUCCAGUACGGAAUUCGGAUUGUCAAACAUGAUUUGGGGAGCAGUGGUUAUAUCCAAAAACGACGAGAAUUUUGUCGUAACUCAAGGGAUGGUUGUCGGUCUUAUGGCCGCACUGCUCGUCGUGCACGGUCUACUCAACUCGCUUGCGACCAAAUACCUCGCUCGAAUGACGAGUGGCUUCGUUUUUGUCAACAUUGGUGCCACGCUCCUAAUCACCAUUGUACUCCUAGCCAAGACUCCUCGGAGUGAAAUGCACCCGGCAAACUACGUGUUUGGCUCUGCUGGUGUGGUCAAUCAAACCGGAGGCUGGAAUACAGGGAUUGCAUUCCUCUUUGGCUUGCUUUCCGUCCAAUGGACUAUGACAGAUUAUGAUGCGACAGCACAUAUUUCGGAAGAAGUACAGCGUGCUGCCGUUGCUGCACCCGCUGCGAUCUUCAUUGCCGUCGUGGGCACAGGACUUCUUGGAUGGCUCUUCAACAUCGUGCUCGUUCUUUGCUCUGGCCCACUCGAGGAUCUCCCGGGCCCAUCCGGCCUCGCCGUGUUGGAAAUUAUGUAUAGACGCAUCGGACGCGCGGGUGCAUUGUUCCUUUGGGUUUGGGUCUGCCUUACUGCGUUCUUCGUUGUUCAAACCGCACUUCAAGCAUGCUCUCGCACCUUCUAUGCGUUCUCGCGUGACCGGGGUCUCCCGGAUAAGGGAAUUUUUGGGCGCAUUACCAAGAACCAUGUCCCAUUGUACGCAGUGUGGCUCGUCGUAUUUCUCAGCAUUCUACCGGGUCUCUUGGAUCUUGCCAGCCCCAUUGCCGCGCAAGCCAUCUUCGCGCUGACCGCCAUGGCCCUGGAUCUAUCGUACAUCGUCCCCAUCGCAUGCAGGCGAAUUUUCCGGAACCAUCCCGAAGUCCACUUCAAGCCCGGCCCAUUCUACAUGGGAGAUGGGUUCCUUGGCUGGGCUGUCAACAUAAUGUGCAUUCUCUGGACUCUUUUCGUGGCGGUUAUCCUUGCUCUCCCAACAAUUAUACCCGUGACUCAGCUAAACAUGAAUUAUGCAUCUGUCAUCACCGUCGGUGUUAUGGUUUGCUCUCUUGCGUGGUACUUCGCAGGAGCACGAAAGCAUUAUCAUGGUCCUACGAGCAAUCUUGGACCCAAUCACCAAUCAGGCGAGAGGGACAGUGGCAAAGACCUCCCUUCUUACGACGAUAUUUCGAAUCAAAGCCCGAUGACUCGAGUGCAACAAGCCUGA